UCGGAACACCUUAAACAUUCGAAAUUCAUAAAUCAUUAGAAUUAAGUUGCGAGAUAUUCAUUUCCACUCCCACUGAAUCAUUAGAAGUUUCAAUCUCUACGAUCAUCUCGCGUUUCUCUAUUAAGUACUCGAUAGAUUGUUUUGCUGGAGAUUUUUGCUCAAUGAGUAGUAGUUUUCGUUUCUGAAAUGUUUCUAUGAUUGUACGUAUUAAUGCUCGGGGAUGGCGAUGACGCACUUAGAGAUACGGGAUUUUAUUGCCUUUAAUCGAACACUUUUUACUAGUUUUGGCUUUUGAUACUAAGAUCAUCGCGAUGCUGAUUUUCCAUUAUGUGAGAUUUUGAUGAUUAUUUGCAUUUUCUUGUACUUGGUGAGAAUGUGGAUUGAAAAGUGCAUUUACUUCUUUAUCCCCUUGGGGGUUUUCAAAGAAGGGGAGCGCUGAGACUCCUCUGUGUUCUAUUUUCUUCCCAGUUAUCACGGGAAGAGAUGCAAGUUAUCCGUUGUACCCUAAUGCCAUGACCAAAAAUGUUCUAAUACCCUAUUGUUAUAGCGGAAAUGGAAGCAAGAUCAAUCGUACUCACACACUCACAAACAGAAAUUAAACUAAGAGACACAAAGAUUUAUGUGGUUCGGAGAGAAGAAAUUCCCUAUAAUCAAAGUGUUUACGGGUGGUAGCCAAUCACUAUAACCAAAGUGUUUAUAAAUGUAUCUCUCACACUCUCCCACUACAAAAUUUCUCAACAAAAUUCCUCCCAAUUGCCAAUAACUCAACCUCUCAAAACAAUGUUAGACAGACCUUUAUAUAGGCCUAGCAAUACUAAUUCUCAUACAUGAACCAAAAGGGUUAUGAAUAAAUGAGAAUUAAUAACCAAAAUAAACGAGAAUAUGAACCAAAAUGGUUAUGAACUAAAUGAGAGUUGAUAACCAAAAUAAAUGAAAAUAUGAAUGAAAGGUUACGAGAGUUAUGAAAAUACAACUUCAUCACAACUUACAACAUUAUCUUCAUGUUAUGCUCUUGGGCUGUCAAGAUAUAUUUACCGAUCCUUCUUGGAAUUUAAUAUGCUUGUGGAUUCCUUCCAUGACGGAAGGCUAGUUCAGUUCUCUGAUUUUAACUCUUUAGCAAAUUUAACGCAGUGUGCGGUCUUCUCUGGUUUUGCUUUGUUAUGUCAAAGCAUCAAUCUGAUGCAGCUGGCCAAGAUAAACUCGGUCCUGAUUACUUCAGUUACUUCAGACGGGAAGUUAUAGAUUUGUUAUCUCAAGAGGAUAAUCUGCUUUCUACUUCUUCUUCACAUGAUUCACGGAUAUCUGAAGCUUCAUCUUCAUUUGGUAAUAGCAUGGGACCUAAGCUCUCUCAUUUUAAGAAAGAAAAACUGAAGGCAUUGCUCAGGCAGAGUGCUGUUAUUCUUUCAGAAGAAGUAAAUGAGAUGCUCGGGCCUGCUCUAUCUAUCCAACAAUUGAAGUCAGAUUUGAGAUCCAAAAAGAAUUUGGAAAAUGUAGACAAAAUAGUUAUGAAUGAUGCAGAGCAAGCUCCUUGUAAGAAACUCAAAUCCUCAUCCUCUUCAACCAGCCUAUCUGCGCACAAGAAUUGUGGUGGUCUUGGAAGUAGUAGAGUGAUAGAUGAUGAAUUGCAGUUCUUUAUAGAGAACAAUAGUGAGCAGAUCGAAGCAAUAGUGACAAAUCUUUCAAACGAACUGUCUGGAAAACUAGGACACAUGGAGCAACAGCUUGAGGAAGUUCUUGAUUCUGUAACAUCAAAUUGCAGGCCUAUGACCUUCAAGGAAAAGGAACAGCUUCAGAAAAUGAUUCAGGUGCUUCCACCCCAAAAUCUUGGCCGUAUUGCAGACAUCAUCCAACAUAUGACAGACGAAACGGAUUCCUCUUAUGAAAUCCAUAUUGAUUUGGAUAAAGUGAAUAACACCACUCUCUGGAGAUUAUAUUACUAUGUAGAAGCAGUUGAGAAAGCAAAGAAGCUAGCAUCCGAAUGAAUAACUUUGUCUCUUGUUUUUGCGGCUCCAAGAAUCAUUUUUUAAGAAGUUUAGAAGCCCCUCCUCUCUUUGUUUCUAGGAUUUUGGAGGUGGCUGGUCAUAUCUUAACUUGAAGUGUGGUUGAUUUUGAGGCUAAGAACACAUUCUUUUUGUUUGAACGACUUGCAAUCCCAAGUAUUUGGAGAGAAUAAAUUCUCUGUUCACU